GCGGGCCGCGAGCCUGGACGGCCGCUCCCGCCGGGCCCUCGCCUGCGGGGGCAUGGCGGGCGAAGGACUUCGCCCCGCGGGUCCCGCACCCUUCGCCGUAGAGCCCCAGUAAUAACACCCGGGAAGAUAGCGCACAGGCGGGGUGCGAGCCGGGCACGCGGCGGGCGCCCAGUCCCGUGGACAGGACCUGGAUGGGCACAGAAGGGGCUUACGGGGGCCAGGAGGAAGGCGGCCGCCGGCCUGGUCGCGGGAAUGAAAGGCCGCAGUGUCCGGGGCUCCCGCCCCGCCCCCUCGGCGGGCAGUUAGUUCAGGGCGGGGAUGCACACCUGGAAGUGGAGCCCGCGCCAGGGCCACGUCGACACUGGCCCACCCGGUGGCCCUCGAGGUGCAAUGGCAGAGAAGGUUCUGGUCACAGGCGGGGCCGGUUACAUCGGCAGCCACACCGUCCUGGAGCUGCUGGAGGCAGGCUACUCCCCUGUGGUCAUCGACAACUUCCAUAAUGCCAUCCGUGGAGGGGGCGCCCUGCCUGAGAGCCUGCAGCGGGUACAGGAGCUGACUGGCCGCUCUGUAGAGUUUGAGGAGAUGGACAUCUUGGACCAGGCAGCCCUACAACGUCUCUUCAAAAAGCACAGCUUUAAAGCUGUCAUCCACUUUGCUGGGCUCAAGGCUGUGGGCGAGUCAGUGCAGAAGCCUCUGGACUACUAUAGAGUUAACCUGACAGGGACCAUCCAGCUUCUGGAGAUCAUGAGAGCCCACGAAGUGAAGAACUUGGUGUUCAGCAGCUCAGCCACUGUGUAUGGGAACCCCCAAUACCUGCCCCUGGAUGAGUCCCACCCAACCGGGGCUUGUACCAACCCCUACGGCAAGUCCAAGUUCUUCAUCGAGGAAAUGAUCCAGGAUCUGUGCCGAGCAGACAAGACCUGGAAUGCAGUGCUGCUGCGGUACUUCAACCCCACGGGUGCCCACGCCUCUGGCCGCAUCGGCGAGGAUCCCCAGGGUGUUCCCAACAACCUCAUGCCCUAUGUCUCCCAGGUGGCCAUUGGGCGGCGGGAGGCCCUGAACGUCUUUGGUGAUGAUUAUGCCACAGAGGACGGCACAGGGGUCCGGGACUACAUUCAUGUCGUGGAUCUGGCCAAGGGCCACAUUGCAGCCUUGAAGAAGCUGAAGGAACAGUGUGGCUGCCGGAUCUACAACCUCGGCACAGGCACGGGCUACUCCGUGCUGCAGAUGGUCCAAGCCAUGGAGAAGGCCUCAGGAAAGAAGAUCCCUUACAAGGUGGUGGCACGGCGGGAAGGCGAUGUGGCAGCCUGUUACGCUAACCCCAGCCUGGCCCAUGAGGAGCUGGGCUGGACAGCAGUCUUGGGACUGGACAGGAUGUGUGAAGAUCUAUGGCGCUGGCAGCAGCAGAACCCGUCAGGAUUCGGGGCGCAGGCCUGAGGACCUUCCCCUACCAUGGACCAGGAAAGGAAGAGAAAGAAGCAGCUGCCUGUUCUGCAGCCUCCCAGCCUCCUGCAGGACCACACCACCCUGAAGCUCUGGGGCCAAGCUGAGGCUAUCCUACCUCAAACUGAAGCAGGGUCCAUUUAGCCCUCCAGGCAAGAGGCCGCAGCUCCACUGACCAGGAGCUGGGGCAGCACCCCUUAGCUCCUACAGGGCCACCAGACUGGCAGAAGAGGCGGGGCUCCGGGACCACGCCCCUCCUCCCAGGCGCUGAUGGUAGACAGCCACAGGGGGGCUUCCCAAAGUGUUUUAAUAAACUUUUUCUUAUGCUGA